AAAGGAGUGAGCCUUCUGUACUUGUAGAUACUAUUAUAUGUAUAAUCUGUGGUAAAACAUAAUCGUUCACCUAUUCACAGCAAAUGUCAUUUAUCAUAGCGUUUGUUCAUUAAAACAUAAAUAUUAUCAUUUGCGUAUAACGCGUGAGUACAAUAGGUGUAUUUUAUUUGUAAACAACACAUUUCCAACAAAAACAACAUUCUAUAUGCAUCAGAUGGCUGCAUCCAGUAAUGUUCAGUCCGUCGUGAGAGACCAAGCCUAAUAAUGAGAAUAGAACACAUAGCUUAUUUUGGAUUGUGCGUUUUGUUCUACGCUUCAUCAAGCACGGCUAAACUAUCUAAUGAAGAUAAUGAAUCAUUCACCGUGACUGAAGAUGAUGUAUCUGUAACUGAGCAUGUCGAAGAAAUGGCACACUUAACUCGAACUCCAGUUACUGUCGAUCUGACUAUGAGUAAAAUGAACGAUUCGGAAAUCUUUGAAAAUGGCCAAACGGCUAAAGAAGAUCACCAAAGGUCAUUUGUAUAUAUACAAAAUACCAAAUCUCGUUUACCGUGGAUGCUAAAAGCACGAAGUUCAUUAUUCAAAGACGAAUUUAGUAACGCCAAAAACGUAGUUCGUGGUGGAACUGAUGCUAUGAGAGAGUUCAAAAAUGUGUCGAAACAACGAAAAAACAAGUUAUACAAAGAUUACAGGCCGCCUGAAAAUCCAAAAAAUAUACAUAAUAAACCACCGAAUCAAUACCCACCCAGCAAACAUCCUUUUUCAGCGAAAUAUAAUAUAAAAAAUCAAGAUGGACCAAAGAAAUGGGAUAGAAGACCUCCAUUUGUCCCAUACAAUGAUAGACCUACACCCGUGACUAAAGCCACUCCAGUAUAUCCAUACUUUAAUAAAGGAUAUCAAAUGCCAUACGAAAAUCAACAACAUCAUUCCAUUUAUGCCAUACCAGGUUCACCUACUGCUCUAAAACAUGAUAAAAUUGCGGAAGAAAAGAAUAGGUACUUACCACAUGACCGCAUAAUAAAUGAAAGUCAGUUCAAUUGUUUCAACAAGGAUUGUGAGAACCGGACAAAUAACUAUCGUGUACGUAUGAAUAAUGGCGUCCUCCAAGGCGUGGACUGCGUGUGUAAAAAUUUCCCCGUGUUUCACAAUAAAGAAGCUCAAGAUUGGAGGGCGAGAAAAAAAAUGACCGAGGCGGAAAAAAUAUACAUUCGAUCUCACAAUACAAACAAUAGUGAUGAUUAUUCUUACGAGAAUCUGAUUAAAGAAAUGAAGAAGUUGAGUCGAAUAGUGGACGGUUUGGAUAACAACGCAAGAUCCUGAGUCAACGUUCUUUUUAUUUCAUGGGUAUUAUACCUAGGAG